AUGCCAAAAGAAGAGACACUAUCUUCCAUCGAUUUUCCCGACUCGGACAUCAUCUUUCUCAAUGUAGAGAAAUCGGAGUGGUCGUUCAAAAUCCAUCGAAAACUGCUCGGAUCCGUGUGCAAAAUGGUCACCUCGGCAUUGGAAAUGUCCGAAGAAGGUCAGAAGGGUUCCUAUACAUUCAAGGAUACCUCUGAGGAGAUCUUGGCUCGUUUCAUUGAGUGGGUCCAUACGCGUGAUAUCCCAGCUGUUCUGGAAAUAACCAAGCCUAUUGAACAGAAGAUCAAGAAGACGGAGAAUGGCGCUGAAAUUAUGGGCGACGGAAAGAAAAACACUGCGGCAGAGUUGGACCUCACCAUCGAAAACUAUCCACUACUUGCGAACAUCCAUCUCUACAUCUUCUGCGGCAUCUAUCUGACCACGCAUCUCCACAACCCGACUUUCGACGAGAUCACCGCGCCUUUUAGGGGCUUGAACAAGCCGGAUACUCUCGACACGCAGCUUGCUGUUAUCUCCGCGCUGAGCCUGUCCUUUCGCAAACUUCCACCGCAUGUUCACCUUCUGGACUGGCUGGAUGAGUAUGCCGCGCAUUGCAUUGACAAGUUAAAGAUGCAGGCAUCUUUCCAUGAUCUUCUGGCAGAAACGCCGGUAUUGAGCCCGCGGAUGGUGCUUUCGUUGAGUCCCGCGCCAAACCCGCCGUGGAAUACUCAGCAGCCAAAGCAAAAUUACUCUCAUUAUCAACCUGGGAUUAGAUACAAAGAUGCAUAUGCCUACUGUAGCAACUAGCGGGAUAUCUGUUCAUACAUGUCUCUUUGGAUGUGCAGCUAGGGUCGGAGCUUUUGAUUAUUCCCAGGCUCCUUCAUCUAUAAGGAGAACAAGAUUGGUAUGUUAAAUAGAUAUAACCCAGAAAACCAAAUCAACGAGUCUUCUCACACGAGAAAUUGAUGCGUUUACUUACCCCUAUCUCCCAAAAUCUCUCUUUUCCAAGCCCGCCAACACCAAUGCCCAAACAGCCCCUGAAUAUAUUUUCUCGUGAGAUUAUUACUGUAGUGGCAGUAAAC